AAUUGGAUCAAGAGAAACGAUAACGUAAUGAAAUUAUCUAUAACUGUAUAUUUGUGCUUUUUAUUGGCUAUUACUGUUCAAGUGUCUGGUCAAGCUCCAGAGAAUUCAAGUUCACAAUCACCUUGUUCUUCGCCUAGCACUGAACCAUGCUCAACUCCAAGUACAUCAUCCAGUGCUUCUGACAUUCCUACUACCAGUUCAUCGCCUAUUUCUUCACCUAUGCCAUCGACUGAACUAGAGGAAUCUUCAGAAGCACCAGCGGAACCUUCAGAAGAACCAGAUGAACCUUCAGAAGAAGAACCGGAGGUAUCUUCAGAAGCACCAGAGGAACCUUCAGAAGAACCAGAGCAAACUGAGAAGCCUCAAAGAAAACCAGGAAAUAGAUGGGGAUGGGGACAUGGAUGGGGUCAUGGUUGGGGACAUCAUGACAGAGGUCAUGGCAGAUGGGGUAAUAGACACGGAAACAAUAGAAUGGGCUGGAAUCAAAACGUUCCUUAUGUCAUCUAUUAUUAAAUUCUGAAUUAAUAUGAAUGUUUGCAUUCGUUUCAAUUAGAAGAAUUUAUUUGUUUAGUGAUUUACUAGCGAAACGAUUUUUCCUACAAAAAAUUUAAUUUUUCAAUAAAAAAAAAAUUUUUAUAAAAAAUUUUAUUUU